UUGGUAACCAGUGCUAGAAAAUCCCCAAACACUUGCAAGCUUCGCCGUCUUUCUCAGCAUUGACCACUCAAAACAACCAUGCAGUUCGGUGUAUUCUUCUUCUUCCUGCUCUCGGCUUUUGGAGCUGUCGCUGAAGACCCCUGCCCCGCGACUGAAGUCGUCAAGUUCGCCGAGCUUUAUGCCAACCCGCACUUGAGUCCAUGCCAGAAAGUCUCAGCCGGCUUCUCUAUUGCCCCACCGAAGGGCUACCCGACAGACCCGCAAGUCAAGGCCAUGUGUGCCUCCGACGAAUGUCGUGCGCUGAUUGAAGAUGCUCUUGCAUUGAAGCCCGCCGACUGCUACCUGUCUUUCGCCGGCGUCAAGCUGAACGCAUACAAGCUGUCCAGCACUUUCGAAGAUGCAUGCAAGGCUGACGUGGACAAGACUCACGAAGACGACAAGCACCCGGCGUCAACCAACAACUCGACUUCGAAGCCGACCGAGGAGAAGUCGACUCUCAAGCCUGCCGUCGAGAAAUACCCCAAGGCGACAGAAGAGGACAUGCUCCACACCAACGAGAAAGCGGACGAAGCGAGCAAUCUGAAGCCUCCGAUGAACGGCACAGCUCUCGAGCUCUUUCCAAUGCCCAACACGACCUACAAGGCAACCACGUCGCCUAAGGCGUAA